AUGAGCGGGCGCUGCCCGGCAGGCGCCGCCUGGUUGUUGCGGCGGCUCCGCGGUGCGGCCGCCGGCAGCAGCAGCAUGAGCCUCUGCGGCGCCCCGGGGCCUGCGGGCAGCGGGGGCGCGGGCUCGUCCUGGCCGCGGCGGAGCCCGCCGUGCCUGCGGCUGGCCGAGGUGGCGGGCGCUGAGCCGCAGCGCGCCAACGAUCUCCUGCUGCUGCCGCCGCCCGCAGCGGCGAGGCGCGGCCCCGAGCCGCCGCAGCACCACGUCGUCUACUUCCCGGGGGACGUGCAGAACUAUCACGAGGUCAUGUCGUGCCACCCAGAGAACUUCCAGUGGGAGCACUGGAGCUUCGAAAACGUUGCCAGCAUACUUGCCCGCCGCUUUCCGAAUAGCUUUAUCUGGGUCGUGAAGUGCUCUCGAAUGCACCUGCACAAAUUCAGUUGUUACGACAACUUUGUGGCCAGCAACAUGUUUGGAGCGCCGGAGCACAGCAGCCACUUUGGAGCUUUCAGGCACCUUCACGCGUUGCUGGCGAACGCGUUCAGGCUCGCGCAGAACGUGCUCUUGUCCCAGAAAAGUGGCCUCGACAAGGAUGCCGAGGUGGUGGCUGGUCAGUCACAGCAGCAGACAGGUCCUACAGCAAACGGCUGCUCAUCCAUGGAAAGGGAGAGGGCCGGAGAAUGUGCCAGUAACUCYGCUGUGAACUUCAGCGCGCCGUCUGCUGUAGGCGCAGUGUCCUUCACUUUGGUUGGCUUCAGCAAAGGCUGCGUGGUUUUGAACCAGCUCCUCUACGAGCUGAAGGAAGCUAAAAGAGACAAGAAUACAGAUGCCUUCUUAAAGAACAUAAAAGCGKUUUACUGGUUGGAUGGUGGUCACUCCGGAGGAAGCAAUACUUGGGUUACUUACCCUGAAGUGCUGAAAGAACUUGCACAGACAGGAAUUGAGGUUCAUGCUCACGUUACACCCUACCAAGUAUUUGAUACAAUGAGAUCAUGGAUUGGGAGAGAGCAUGAGAGAUUUGUACAGAUACUUGAAGAACUGGGUGUGGAAAUAGAUGAUCAGCUGCAUUUUGCAGAUGAACCUCCCUCUUUAGAUAAUCAUUUCAGAGUUCAUGAAGUAUUUUGAGACUGUAUAUUUAUCUCUGUAUUCAUUGCAGAAGCACUUUUGAUGCUGUAAAUCUUGAUUUACAACUUGGAGCAAAUACUCUCUGAAGAGUAACGCUAGAUCAGUCUUGUGUUAUUAGUCGAUAACUGUGUAUAAAUUUCAGUGGCUUAAAAAGUGGAGGACUUGUUCCCCCAGACAAUGCCAUUUGAUUCCUGUCAAAGUUGUUAGGAAGAACUAUGUGAAUAUUUAGUCUUGACCUGUUGGCAAAUGUUUUUAGCCCUGGAUGUCCAAAGUAAUAUACUGUCUUUAAUGGGAGUUUAAAAGUAAUGGGAGAUAUUAAAAAGUAUGGAUUUAAGGCUGGAUUUCCACGGCUGAAAAAUUUUGGUCUUUGUCAGUAACAGAUACAAYUUUAGUUUUUUGGCUUAGAGAAAAUGAUGAUUGUUGGAGCAAUUUUAGUUUUAUGUUGAAAAGUGCUUUAAUUAGAUAACCUGAUCUUCCAGUUUUGUAACAUUUCUCCUAUUGAAAGAUAGUCACAGAUAUUUAGCAUUGGAAUAAUAAUGCAUAUUUGKUUUUUUUGAUGUUGUUGUGUUUUGUUUGUUUUUUUCCCUAUUAGAACUUGAAUGUUUCAUUAGCUCACUGCUUAGAAUUUGGUAGUGACUAGCCCUUUUUUUCUGGGACUGGAAAAUUUGGAAUAGCUAUGUGAAGUGACCAAGGGUAUUGAUAAGGGUGGUGGUUAUUGCUCUUUCAACACACCCUGCUCUUGCUUUGACUGGCUUCUAUAGGACCGGAGGUAGUACAUGUAUUUGCAGUUUGAGGCAUGUUUAUGCCUUCUGUUCUAGAACUGGUGAUUGUGUUGGUGUUUUUUUUUUUAGCUUGUUUUCUUGAAAACUGUGGCAUUGGUGUUUAUCCAGAUCAAGCCACAAGUAUAUGACGUAUUACAAACUGCAGAAAAUAUUUUAAAAUGUUGACUGUAGCUGUUUCAAAAUGUUUCGUUUUUUCAUGAUUUGGUAGAACUGUGAUCACCUUUAAAUGUAUUGUAGUAGCUGCUUGUAGAACUACCUAAAAAUCUGUUUUCAGAGCAUAAUAUUUUAUACAAAAAAAGUCCUCUAAAUACAAAGCCAGACAAAUUAGAUACAGAAAGGAAUCACUCUUAAAGAUAACUGCAACUAUUAAUGAUAAACCAGUAGCCUAAUGGUUUGGAAUUUCC